CUAGCUUUCUCCAUCCUCGCGACCCCGGGCACCGGCUCGACGCUCCGCCCCCCUCGAGGCCCCGCCUCCCGCGGCCGCAGGAAACGAGACGGGGUGGGGGGGGGGGGUGGCCGUGUGCUGCCGCAGCCAAUGGGGAGGCGGCGUGGCGAGGGCGGAGACGGUUGUGAUGCGCCGGGCCGACGGACGACAGCCAAUCAGCGGCGAGCGCGGGGGCGGGCUGUGACGCGGACGGCACUCCUCGUGCGGCGGCGGUAUAGGAGCGAGCGCCACGGCCAGCAGGACCAGCCGAGCGCCACUGCCGCCCGCUGCUUGCCGCCUUCACGCCGCCGCCGCCGCCCCGCGCCCGCCCGCCGCGCCCCCAACCGCCGUCGCCCCCGGCCUGCCCGUCAGCGAGCGGGCGAGCGGUCUCCGCGCCCGGUCUCCGUGAGGGGGGCGUCCAGCCGGACCCUGAGCCUCGCCCUCUCGCGUUGCGGCCGACCGCGCCUCCUCGGCCGCCUGCCAGGCAUGAAGACCAAGUUCUGCAACGGGGGCGAGGCGGAGCCCUCGCCGCUCGGGCUGCUGUUGAGCUGCGGCAGCGGCAGCGCGGCCCCGGCGCCCGGCGUGGGGCAGCAGCGCGACGCCGCCAGUGACCUCGAGCCCAAGCAGCUGGGCGGGCGACAGCCGCAGCUCGCGCUGCCCCCCCCGCCGCCGCCGCUGCCGCUGCCGCCGCCGCUGCCGCUGCCCCCGCCGCCGCCGGCCGACGAUCAGCCCGAGCCCAGGACGCGGCGCAGGGCCUAUCUGUGGUGCAAGGAGUUCCUGUCCGGAGCCUGGCGGGGCCUUCGCGAGGACCAGUUCCACAUCAGUGUCAUCAGAGGUGGCCUCAGUAACAUGCUGUUCCAGUGCUCCUUACCUGACACUCUGGCCACCGUUGGUGACGAGCCUCGGAAGGUGCUCCUGCGGCUGUAUGGCGCCAUUCUAAAGAUGCGGUCCUGUAAUAAGGAGGGAUCCGAACAAGCUCAGAAAGACAAUGAAUUUCAAGGCGCCGAGGCCAUGGUUCUGGAGAGCGUUAUGUUUGCCAUCCUCGCAGAGAGGUCGCUGGGGCCAAAGCUCUUUGGCAUCUUCCCCCAAGGCCGCCUGGAGCAGUUUAUCCCGAGCCGGCGAUUAGACACUGAAGAAUUAAGUUUGCCAGAUAUUUCUGCGGAAAUAGCUGAGAAAAUGGCCAGAUUUCAUGGUAUGAAAAUGCCAUUCAAUAAGGAACCAAAAUGGCUUUUUGGAACAAUGGAAAAAUACCUGAAUCAAGUGCUGAGAAUUAAAUUUACCGGGGAAUCCAAAGUUAAGCAGCUCCACAGAUUCCUCAGUUACAACCUGCCUUUGGAACUAGAAAACCUGAGAUUAUUACUUGAAUCCACUCCAUCUCCAGUGGUGUUUUGUCACAAUGACUGUCAGGAAGGUAAUAUCUUACUGCUGGAAGGCAGGGAGAAUUCUGAAAACCAGAAACUGAUGCUCAUCGACUUUGAAUACAGCAGUUACAACUACAGGGGAUUCGACAUUGGGAAUCAUUUCUGUGAAUGGAUGUACGAUUAUAAUUACGAAAAGUAUCCUUUUUUCAGAGCAAACAUCCUGAAGUAUCCCACCAGGAAGCAACAGCUCCAUUUCAUUUCCAAUUACUUGGCUGCAUUCCAAAAUGAAUUUGAAAACCUCAGUAAUGAAGAAAAGUCCGUUAUAGAAGAAGAAAUGUUGCUUGAAGUCAAUAGGUUUGCCCUUGCGUCCCAUUUCUUCUGGGGACUUUGGUCCAUCGUACAGGCCAAGAUUUCAUCCAUUGAAUUUGGGUACAUGGAGUAUGCCCAAGCCAGGUUCGAUGCCUAUUUCGACCAGAAGAGGAAGCUUGGGGUGUGACUGGGGAGGCCUGCCUGCGCUGCAUCCCUGGACUGCGCAGGGGCGGCCGAGCCCGAGGGUCCCUCUGUGCUCCGACUACUGUACCUGCAGCAAGAAGGCUCAGACGUCUCGCUGCCGAACACAGAUGUGUAUGAUACGAAAGACUGUAUUAAAAUUGAGGAACAUUUAUUUCAUAUCUUGUUUACGAUUUCACUAGGACUCUGACAUGAGAUCAGGAAGCAGAAUUAUAGUACACUAGUGCAAUAGUGCAGCAUCUCAGACCCCCUUAAUCUAGAGAAGGCAUUUUCUACUUCAGUCAGGUGGGGCAAACGGCAACAGUAAAGCAGUGUCACUGCAGGUGCCUUUUUGGUUAAUGUUGAUCUUUAAAGGAUGUUAAUGACCGCGCUGGUGAACAGUGCUAACCGGGCUUUCCGUAGGUAACGGGUGUGUAGGGCGGCGAGUGGGCGGCGACACUGCGAAGCCCCGCGGCCUGACCGGGGUCCUGGGAGACGCAGACCGCCCCCAAGGUGCGGGCUGCCCCGA